GCAUGCUUUUUCCUGGAUGAAGCAGGAUCUCUCUCAGCCUGUUUUCAUCUUUACUUAGCACCUGCUGGCUUGGAGUGGUGUCGCCCAAGCAAUCAGAUGGGAAGAUGUGCCAAGAGCCUGACCUCCCUCCCUCUGUGUGCUGCCCCUCCUCCCCUCACCCCAUAACAGCCUGUCCUGAUAUAGAUGGACAGGGGACCGGUUUAAAAUGACAGUCUCAAGUUCAUUUAGGAAGAGAAGGCUAAUUCAAAGAAACAGCAAGGCAAGCUUCCUUUCUCUGUAGGAAUCAUUAUUAUCCCCUUUGUCAUGGCCCACCUGGGAGCCCAUUUUGCCUUUAGAUCCCGCUGGCAGAAGACCGACGAUGAACUUUGCCGACAUAGCAUGUCUUUUAUCCUUCACAAAGCCAUUCGCAAGGACUUCUUUCAGAGCUAUCUCUACCUGCUGGAAAAAAUUCCCCUGGUGAAAUUGUAUGCUUUAACAAGCCAAGUCAUCAAUGGUGAGAUGCAGUUCUAUGCCAGAGCUAAACUUUUCUACCAGGAAGUACCAGCCACAGAAGAGGGUAUGAUGGGAAAUUUCAUUGAAUUAUCCAGCCCAGACAUCCAGGCAUCUCAGAAAUUUCUUAGGAAAUUUGUUGGGGGGCCUGGGAGAGCCGGAACAGACUGUGCCUUGGACUGCGGCUCCGGGAUAGGAAGGGUCAGCAAACACGUCUUAUUGCCUGUUUUCAACAGUGUGGAGCUGGUGGAUAUGAUGGAAUCCUUCCUCCUUGAAGCCCAGAACUAUCUGCAGAUCAAAGGUGACAAAGUAGAAAGCUACCACUGCUACAGCCUGCAGGAAUUCACACCCCCCUUCAGGAGAUAUGAUGUCAUCUGGAUUCAGUGGGUCUCUGGGCACCUGACCGAUAAGGACCUUCUUGCAUUUCUUUCCCGGUGCCGAGAUGGCCUGAAAGAAAAUGGAGUCAUCAUACUGAAGGACAAUGUAGCCCGUGAGGGCUGUAUCCUCGAUCUCUCUGACAGCAGUGUGACUCGGGACAUGGACAUCCUCCGGAGCCUCAUAAGGAAGAGUGGGCUGGUGGUGCUGAGCCAGGAGAAGCAGGAAGGCUUCCCAGAGCAGUGCAUCCCUGUGUGGAUGUUUGCACUGCAUAGCAACAGACGCUUCUGAAAAGCAGUGGGAAUGAAUGAUGGACUGGGCAGUGGUGCUUUAGGAUGGGGUUGCUCUCCUUCCAGGUGCCCCUUGUAAUACAGAUAGGGAUGCAAAGAGAUGGGAUACAAUGUAUGUCUCGAAAUUAUUUAUGAUAUAAUAUGUACAUGUUUUCAGUAAUGGUAUAAUGCACAUACUCUGAUGAGAUAUGCACAAACU